AUGAGAAGGGAGAGGAGGACAACAGUUGUAAACAAAGGGCAUUACGUACUUUUAAAGGUGUCCACAAUGGCCUGUGCAGGUGGGGACAUCUCUAUCACUACCUUGGUCAUGAAAACCUAG